AUGGAACCGAAGAACUCUGUGGUAGUAGUUGUGGAUAUGGAAAUAAUUGAGAUUGAGUCAGAUACAGACAAAGAUGAAGUUGGUGGUAGUAGAAUGCUUGCUCUUUGUGGUCCAGUGUCGUGCGAGGUAGCUAAUACUGUAGUUGAAUACGGCGAAACCAGUAUGGAGAUUGUUUGCGCUGAUGAUGAUUCCGGUCCUGGUUUGGUUUUUGAUUCGGAUUAUCAAAAGUACUUGGCGGCCUGUAGUGGAAAUGAGAUUCUAUAUUUGCUUGAGGAUAAUGUGAGGGAGAGUUCUCCAUUGCGUCUUAUGUACAAUGUCGAUAACGAGAAGAGUGGAGCAGGGAGAAAAGGAGUUUCCAGUGUUUCAAAGAGGUUGAGGACUGAGAAUGGUAGAGCGAAAUAUAAGCCGAUUUCGAAGACUGUCUUGAAGAACAGAGAAACCCAACAAAAGAAAGGAUAUGUUCGUCGAGGAAGGAAGAUUGGUCCGACCAAAAACACUGUCGAAUUAAAGCCUCCGAGGGAUGUCAAAGAUGUUCAACGGGGAAGGAAGAGUUCUGCCAUUAAGAAGAAUUUCAAAGCCUGCAAGAAGGUAAAUGAGAAGAGCAGUGCAAAGAGAAAUGCAAAGUCUCAGAAGAUUUUCAGAGCAUCAAAGAGACUUAAGACUGAGAAGGGGCGAGCAGAUUAUUACUCGGUUAACACCAAAGACGCACGACAAAAGAAAAGGGAAGCUCCACAGGGAAGGAAGAUCCAUGUGACCAAGAACAAUGUUGAAUCGAAGUCUAAAUGCCAUGUCAAAGACGAAUUAGUUCACAGAUUCAAAGCUUGCAAGAAGGAGAACGAAAAGAGCUUAUCGUCGAUAGAUAAAGGCUAUGCGUAUUACUUGGAGUAUCUGAAAAAUUCAAUUACUAUCUUUAAACCGGAUCAAAAAGGAAAGCCUGUGAAAGAUUUCGUGUGUUUGUCAGAUCCUGAUAUUAUUGCAAUCAGUAAUCAUCCAUUUCCCGAUGGAGGCAAUUUCCCGUUCGAGGCAAACAAAGACGAGAAAGUGAUAGAUCUUGAAGAUGGUAUUGAAUCCGAUGAUAUAUUCAACUCUAUGUUUAGCAAGAAGCUAAUGGAAAUUCUCAGAAGGCCCUAUGAUAAAAAAGAGUUCUUAAAACUCAGGAAAACGGCAUCACUCAAGAGACCAUUAACUCGGUCUAGGGAAUUAAGAGAUGGAAGAGAGAUUACAUAUAAUGUUAAGAACCAGUUGACACUUUCAUUUCUCGAACAGUAUCCAGGUAACUAA